ACCAGGGAGAAUCGAUGAUGAGGAAGGAUUUAAAAAUGGGAAGAUACGCGUUGAAGAUGCUGUUACCGUUUUUUAUUUGUUUUUUUAUGCUUCGACUUAGUUUCUUUAUAAGUUAGAUACAUAAACAGAAAGUGACUGAGUUGGGUCGUGAAAAUUACAUUGGUCGUGACUCAGAUGGGGUCUAUAACUGGCCACAGAAUAGACUACAAAAGGGUUCUGAUCUGACAGGCCAACAACAUACCCAGCAAAACUUGACCCAAGUACCCCACCCCCCUUCUCACACCCGGCAUCCAUAGACUUGCCCUCAAGUUGAGCUGCGAAAGCCGAACUCGGAACGAGAAAAUGUUUGCGACGUUCAAAGAUCUUCAAAUUGUGCCGGAAGACGACGAACGACUUUUGCAACAGCUUACAUGAAUACCGGAAGUUGUGUAAUGAACGGCGCAGACGCCAGUUCCCAGGUCACCCCCCAAGCGGAACUCGAAACUGCUGAAAACUGCAAAAUGAAAGUUCGGAAGAUCUGAAUUGCUGCUGUUUGAUCGAGUCAUGGGGACUUUGCAGGUCUCUGAUAUAUUCCGUAGUUGUCAGUUUGCGGUCGAUUUUGCUGCUUCCUCGCUGCUGUCAUUCAAGAGGAAGAAAGAAAUCCGACGAGAUAUUGUUGACAAUGGAGGCAUAUUGUCAUACAUUUUGACCAAACAGACAAGCUUUCUGGUCACUGGUGAUGCUGAAAAGACUUUGUCCUCCUAUAAAGGAAGAACUGCUGUGAAGUAUGGAAUUCCUGUGGUCUCGUUUGAUUUCAUUACUGAGUGCAUCAAGUCUGGAAAGCUUCUUGAUCCAGAGCCUUAUCUUCUGGCAGAAACAGUUGAGUCACAGAACUUUGGUUCUGGAAAAAUAGUUGAUAACAAACAAAGUUGUAAAAAGCCAACCAAAGUAGGAAAGAAACUGCAGCUGCCUGAUCUCAAUAAAAUAAGGGUUUGGCUUUACAAGGCUUCAGAUGGUCCAGAAUUCGAUGAACAAAAAUGUGAAAUUAGUAAAGAUGGUCUUUUGCAUGGUUUAGAUUCCAGUGUCAGUACAAUCUUGUUUUAUGCACUGGAGUUACAUGUUAUUCCUCCACAUGUUCCCUGUAGUGGUUCAAGAUAUCGGAUAUUUACGCACCAUGGGGACCUUGGUGGACUCUUGCAUAGUGAUGAAGGAACCAAAGAAUGCAGAUACUUUGAAACUGCUGCAGAGGCACUAGCAGCUUAUGUUGCUCUGUAUGAUCGGCAGACCCAGUCGCCACAUAGCAUGACAAGGGCGGAGACUACUCUGUCACAUAAGAUUGGUUCUGAUAAAAUGAAGCAGAUGACAAUAAUUGACUACUGUUCUGAGGAAGACUCGGCUAUGUCUCCUGAAGCUGCGAACCUCAUCGAUUUUAUUUGGAAUGAGGCAACAGGCUGUCUUACUGACAUUCUUUCCAUCUCUGUUGACUCCAUUAAACUUGAGGAUGUAGAGAAAGCUGAAGCAAUUUUACUCUUACUGAGAAAAUCAUUAGAUGCCGAUGAAGGUACCAGCGCAAUUCAGGAACUCUCUAACGAGUUCUUUUCAGUUAUUCCUCACAAAAACAGAGGAACAGGAAUAACAUCAAGGCACCUUAUUGCACAAAAACAAGACUUGUGUCAGCUCAUGAAGGACAUGGUUAGUAUUGGUGAGUCUACAAACUGGUUAACAAGGAAAAGUGUGUAUGCCAAGUACAGGGCGUUGAAGUCUCACAUUGAAUGUUUGACGCAUGACAGCGACGAGUUUGAAAAGAUCCGAGAACUUGUGAAUGCAAGCGAAAAAGGUGAUUCCAGGAUCAGUGUACUCAAUGUUUUCUCCAUUCAUCGCCCAGUGGAGGAAAGUGCUUUUUCUCAUGACAUUGGUAAUAAGAGACUUCUUUUCCACUCAUCAAAGGUGACAAACUUUGUUGGUAUACUUUCAAGAGGACUUCUGAUGCCUAAAAUUGUUGUUGACGAUUUUGGAGGCCAACGAUCCGAUCCAGGAAUGCUAGGAAGCGGAAUUUACUUUGCCAGUUCUGCGAGCACAAGUGCCAGAUAUUCUGCUCCUGGAAGCAAGGGAACGAGACUGAUGCUUGUAAACGAGGUUGCGUUAGGAAAAGUCAAGGAGUUUCGGAAGUUUUCCUUGGAUUUGACAUCACCCCCACUUGGAUAUAACAGUUGUCAUGGAUUGAUGACUACAGAGGAUGAGCCCUCAGAUUUCAAGGAUGAUGAAUUUACUAUCUACAACGGUAACCAACAGAAAAUAAGAUAUCUGAUUGAGUUUGUUUUACCUGGCGACACAGUUCUUCCCAGAGAUGACAUUUCUCUUGAUAGUGGUUUCUCGGAUGAUGAAAGGGAAGUUGUUUCAGAAGACUCCUGUGUGGACCUAACAGAUGUCAUGUCAGUCGUGGAUCCUCUGACAAAAGUUGAGGCAGGACUUAAGGGGACUGGGGACAAGGCUAUUCCGCUGCAGUCAGUUCACAUCAAGGCCAAGUUGUUGGAUCUUGCCGCGCAGGUGAUAGUCUUCCAAGAGUACAAAAACAACAGUACCACACCCAUAGAAGCCAAGUACGUUUUUCCUUUGGACGACAUGGCCGCAGUUUGUGGUUUCGAGGCAUUCAUCAACGGUAAACACAUCGUGGGUGAAGUGAAAGAGAAAGAGCAGGCCCACAAAGAGUAUCGGGAAGCCAUCAGUCAGGGGCAUGGGGCUUACCUCAUGGACGAAGAAACUCCGGAUGUGUUCACCGUCAGCGUAGGAAACCUCCCUCCCGGUGCAUUAGUGUUAAUCAAGAUAACAUACGUCACUGAGCUCACGGUGGACAGGGAACACAUUUGUUUCUCGCUCCCAGGCUCUGUGGCACCGUGGACACGUGACAAGGCCUUGGACGAAGUUACUCAGACUGACGUCGAGACAGUAAAGAUGCAGGACGAAAGCCUGAGCGAUCUGUAUGAACUAUCCGUGGAAAUGUCUGUGGAGAUGCCGUUUGAGAUUCGUACACUUGAGUCUCCUACUCAUGUUAUUACAACCAAGCGGACAGCCACCAAAGCAGUGGUGUUAAUGGAGCGUGGUCAACCUCUAGGUGAUGGUUUCCAGCUUCUGAUUGGUUUAGCAGAGAUUCACGUACCCCGGAUGUGGGUUGAACGGCACGUCAGCAAGCCAGACAGUCAGGCGUGCAUGUUGACAUUCUACCCCGAAUUCGAGGCAGAGAGUCCCUCAGAAGUCGAGGUCGUAUUUUUGUUUGAUUUGUCCUGUUCAAUGAAGGGUACUCCUCUAGAAGAGGCCAAGAAAAUUUUGUUGAUGUGCCUCAGCCUCAUGAAGAAAGAUUGGACAUUUAACAUACUUGUAUUCGGAAGCAAGCAUUCCGAGCUGUUUCCAUGCAGCAAGCGAAAAGACGAAGCUGCACACAGUGAUGCUGUAGAAUUUGUCAAGUCUUUAACAGCCACAAGAGGAAGUACGGAAUUAUGGCGCGUCCUUCAGAAACUCUAUCUAGUGCCCGCGCUGUCCACCGCUGACCACCCUCGCAACCUGUUUCUCAUCUCAGAUGGUCACGUGACGGAGGAGGACACUACACGUGAUUUGAUUCGCAGUCACUACCAGAGUGACAGACUCUUUACGUUUGGAGUGGGUUCCACGGCCAACCGUUACCUUUUACGAGCCAUGUCUAGAGUGGGAGCUGGUGCUUCAGAGUUUUUCGAGAGUAAGGCCAAAUCAAAAUGGGAAAGAAAGGUGAAGUGGCAGUUGUCCAAAGCUGGCCAGCCAGGCCUUACGUCGGUAGCGGUUACCUGGCAGCAGCACAAUUCCGGUUCCAGUCUCCCGGUUCAGGCUCCCUACCAACUGCUGUCCUUGUUCAACGGCUCGAGACAAGUUGUGUACGGAUUCGCAGAUAACUGUACACAGGCGACCUUGACAGCGAAGGUUAACGGGAAGACGGUGUCGACCAUGGUAUCUACCGCUGAACUGAAUAUCACCUCUGGCAAAAUUCUUCAUCAACUGACCGCACGAGCAAUUAUAAGAGACUGGGACGAAGGUAGCUUGCACGAGCAGAGAACUGGGCACGAGAUCGUCAAGCGGGACAGAAAAGACUAUAUCAUUUCUUUAAGCAAGGAAUUCUCCGUGGUAUCAAAAUUCACGAGUUUUGUAGCGGUUGAGCACAGAGAAAAGGACGAGAAAUUCGACAAAGCACAGGGCCCUUCUAUGUCUGAUUUGGUUUUGGCAGAAGACGUUGACAUCCUUCCCUACAUUGCCUGGCAGCAAUACCCCGGCGUCGACAAGAAGCAAGAACUAAGCACUGUAAAAGAAAAGCUGGAGAAAAGGCUUGAGGAGGCGAAGUUGCUUGAGACAUGCGCAGUACUCGAGAGUGAGCGUCUUUAUCACGAAAUCAUAAAAGAAGCAAACGAAGAGCUUGCUGUUGAAGUUACAACUAAGGCCGUCCAUGCUCUGUCAAACUUGUACAGAUCCCGGAUGGGUGACGUGGAAAAGGCGCGUCAGAUUAUUGAUGAUAACGCGGAGCAUGAUAAUGGCAGCGUUCUCAGCCGCGAGUCAUCAAGUUCGGACGACUUUUCGGACAGUUUUGACGAUUUGUUGGACAGUUCUGGCAAAGAGAAUGGCGACGCGGAAACAGGAGAAGAGAGUGAAGAAAGGGAGCAGGUGGAGGAUCAGUUUGAGAAGCAAUACCUGGAGGAGGAACAAGAGCAACACCUAGAGGAAGAACGAGUAUGCCUAAAUAUGGAACAAGACGACCAAUACCUAGAUAUGGAACAAGACCAAUACAUAGCUAUGGAAGAUGAGCCACCGCAAGGAUUUUUUUUGCGGAACAGCGACAGUGAGUUUUUCGCUGACGAUUAUUGCGCUGAAUCGGCUGAUAGUUAUGACGUUAUGGAUAACGGAUUGAAUUUUGCACCAGUAGUAAGGGCUUCAACUCAAGUAUCUGUAUUAGAAUGCGCUGACGUUCUCGCGGCGGAGGUGUCCCCCCGGUAUAGCCCAACAUCACUACAAGCUGUUUUUAGCUCUCAAGCCAUGGAUAGAGCUGAACAAGUGACAGAAUCAUUGGUCGAAGAGGGACGAUUGCCAGCCAAGAAAGCGGAAACAAAGGAGAGCGAGUGCAGCAGGGUAGGCUCAAUGCGUACAUCCUUAAGAACGAAGAGGAGCAAGAAGAAGAUGGUGAAAGAAGAAGACGACGAUGAAGGAGAAGGAGAAGAAGAAGAAAUAACUUUACGUGCGCUCAGCGGAAAAACCUUGAUGAAUGUCGGCGAAGACAUGGAGGUGCAAGAGGUAUCAAGACCAUCCAAACAAACAAAAAAAAAAAAAGCUGCAUCACUGUCAUUCUUUAAAUCAACGGCUGUGUUUGGCGCUCCUGCUACCUUUAAAGGAUCUCUGUCUGGCUCCGCUGCAGAGGAAGCAUCAACUGUGGGUUCUUUGUUUGGCCAGCCGCAAAAACCAAUCUUUACAGAUGCAGCAUCUCCCUCCAGUGGGAAUUUGUUUGACAACCCUCUACCAAAGUCAUUGGCAGCAACGGGAUUUUCUUUUGGCCAAUCAGAGAAACCUGGAAUGCUUGGUGCAGGGCCACAUCCUUUUGCAAUUGGGGGAGGUGUAUUUCCACGCGGGUCGCAGGCUGCAUUCAGUGUUCAAGCUCCCUCUGGAGGAUCUGUCUUUGGCUCCUUUCCAGAGCAAGCCGUACCACGAGCUUCUUUGCUCGGGCACUUACAACAAACGGAGUCAAAACCUACACCAACCACCACAACUGGAACAUUGUUUGGUUCUGCUCUGCCGCCAAGCCCAGCGAUGCUUACGACAGGAAUGGAAGCGUGUUUUUUUCCUUCUGCUCAAUCACAGAAAGCUGGGAUGUUUGGUUCAGAACCCCAUCCGAAGACUGCGGAGGCUGGAGAAUAUUUGCUUGGCUCAUCUAGGCCAACAGCACCUCCGGGAUCUUUGUUUGGCCAGACACAACAAACACAAUUAAAAACUGCAGAACCCCGCUUCACUGGAGGAUCGUUUGGGUUUGGUAUGGUGCAACAAGCAAUGCCCAAACCGGCAGCGCACUCAAAAGGAAUGGCAGGUUUUACGUUUGGCCAGUCGCAGCAAACUGGAAUGGCUUUUGGUUCAGUUAAGCAGUCCGUUUUAGGAGGAGGAUUGUUCGGCAAGCCGUUGCGGCCGACAGAGUCCAAGCCCCUAAGCUUAGACAGAUCACGAUCCAAAGCUGAGGAUGAGACAGGUCUUCUUGUCACAGAUGGAUUUGCCAACUUUUCUUCGAGAACUAAUCGAUUGCAAGAUAUGAUACCACCAACAGAAGACGAAGCAAUGCUUAAAACACAAACAAACAAAAAACAAAUUCGUCUCCCUGAAUUCCCCUUGACACGUUCCAUGCAAGAGGAGAUUCAGAGAGAAGAAAAGAAGAAAAUCAGCCUUCAGAAGACUACAUAUUCAAAGAAAAAGUCAGCAACCCCAGAAAGCUCAUUAGUUGCUGAGGUAGUAAAAAAGUCUGACCCCAUGGAAGAACAGGAGCAACUCCAAUCUUUAGCCACUCCGCCUCCAAUUCUCCCACGCCAGCGGCCAAAGGACAAGGAUAGCAAAGGGCAACUAUCAGCUCCCGUGGUUGGAUUUUUACCCCGACGACGAGGUGCUAUUGGUCCUCCUCCACCACCUCCCUUAACUCCUCCUCCUCCACAAUCCCCCUUUACCCCUCCUCCACCACCACCUCCUGGUCUUAUUGUCAAGUCUGUCCCACCUUUCCCACCCCGUCCUCCUCCACCACCACCACCACCAACAUGCCCAGGAGGUCCCCCUCCUGUACCACCCAAACCGGGGGAUCGUUUUGAUUCUCCCCACCGUCCUCUUAGCGGGGUAGGCCCUACAUCUCCACUCCCAACUGACCAGCUUCACCGUAAUCUCUUUGGAGUAAGUGCAGCCAAGUUAAAAUGUGCCAAGGUGUCGCCAGAACUCGGAAAACCAGAGUUACGUAUGCGAAGGAGUCAACGUUCCUUGAAGGAGGAACCUCUUUAUGAAAUACCGAAGUUAGUGAGAUGCGUUACGAGGUCGCGAGGAGCAAAGAUCUCACAUAAAGAAAAGAUAGAACGGAUCUUUUUCAAACAAAGCCCGGAGGGGUUCUGGAAAGUGGUUGACUUGACUCUCAUUGGUAUAAACAUAAAUAGUUUCAAUGAUUUGCUGGAAAACGCUGGUGCUAGAUCUCUUGGUCCUAAAAUAUUUGAAGAGGUGCAAAAACUUCUGGCGACGUUGAUGAUGUUGGCGUUCAUAAAGCUAAGACUAUGCAUCGAGUUCCCACUGCCGCUUCCACCAGGACACGCCUUUGAGGUAAACGUUGGUGGUCUGGGAGAACCGUAUUCCAAAGACAUAGCAAAAGCACUCAAAUGGAUCAAAAUACAGGAAAAGAAGAUCCCCCUUCUCUAUUCAAGGUUAGAGUUUGGAGCCAACUGGGAAGCCGCCACACAGACAAUUGCACAGAAGAUGAACAUCUAA